AAGGAAAAUGUCCAGGAGAUGAGGAAAGAGCUCGAUUCGCUUCUGCAAACAGCGGAGAAGGCGUUUGCCGUGGAGCUGCUGAAGAUGCCGGUUGCCAUCAGGAAAAUGAAAAGGAAAGACUUGCUGCAUUUGCAAGGAGGGGAGGAAGUGGCUCUUGCUGCUGCAGUGACUGACUGCUCUCUAGAAGACAUACCAAAUCCAAAACUGGUGAGGAGCAACAGCAGAAAAGUUAAGGUGACUACAAUUGUUGAGUAUGAAGAUGCCAAGAAUAUUUCUGCGAAGAAAAUAUCUAAAAAAGUUUCCAAAACAAAGUCGUUGGUUUCAUUGGCCUCUGGUUUAAAUAGCAAACUGAACACUCUUAGCAGUGCCACCAAUUUCAAAGGCACAACGAAGGUAUCUAAAAGUGUUGGACUACAACAGACUGUCUCAAGAACUGUACCUACCAGUGGAAGAGUUCAAGGCAUGUUACUAAGAAGUAAAUCAGUACCCCAGGAUAAAACUGUUCCGUUUGUAAACAUUCCCCUGGCUGAUGGACAGACACUCUGUACAGCUGGUGGAGACCUCCAUAAUAUUGAUGUGCAACUACUAAAUCAAGAUACAGUACAGCAUAUUCAUAACUUAGUGAGUGAGCUGACUGUACUAUGUGGAAAAGCAACAGCUAAACCAAGCUAA